AUGACGCCGAACACAAGAACAUUGGUGAAUGCUGCAUCAGGAGGGUCCUUAAAAACAAAAACUCCAGAGGAAGCCUUGGAAUUACUAGAGUCUCUAGCCUCUCAGGAGUAUGAUAAUGCUCCAGUACCACAGAGAAGAGCGGGGAUUAUGAAGCUUGAUGGCUAUGAUGCCAUCUUAGCUCAGAAUGAACAGAUUUUACAAAUUAACAAGAAACAACAAGAACAACUAGAUGCUCUCACAAAGCAAUUUACCAGUUCUCAAGUCUCUUCUGUUAAUAAUAUUAAAAUAACUUGUGGUAUUUGUGCAGGUGCUCAUGCUACUGAAGACUGCAAGGCACCCGAAACUGCAGAUGUUAAUGGAAUUUGGCAUGAUCAGAAAGUUCCAUAUAACCCAGGGAGGAACCAAUACGGCAAUAACCAGAAUCAAGGGUGGAGAAAUAAAAAUCAACAUCCAGGAUUCAGUUAUAGCUCGAAUCAUCAGCUAAAUCCUCCUAUGCCAGCACCACAGCAACCUCCACAACAAUCAGAGUGGGAGAAGGCCUUUGCACAACUAUCCAAAACCACAUCAGACUAUGUUCAAAGUACCAAUGCAUUCAGGGAAGACACUUCAGCCUUUAUGCAAGAAACCAGGGCCUCAUUCAGGAAUCAAGAAGCCUCAAUCCGGAAUCUAGAAACUCAGAUUGGUCAAUUGUCAAGGCAGUUCAACGAAAGAACCCAAGGCACCUUCCCAAGUAAUACAGACGUUAAUCCUAAUGCACACUGCAAGGCCAUUACCACUAGAAGUGGCAUUGUAAUUGAACCUGUGAUUAAGCCUUCAGUAGAGAAAAAGAAAGCUGAGGGAUCUGCCAUUGAAGAAGAAAAAGAGAAGGAAGUUGACAAAGAGCCUGCUGCAGAGAAAGCUGUUCCUGAAAAGAAAGAGUUCAAAUGGGAGAAAAAGAAAGCUCAAGAAAGACAAGAAAAGCCAUUGGAGCUCUCACCUUAUGCAAAAAUUCCAUAUCCGCAGAGGUUCAGAGAGAAAAUCAAAAAGCAGCAGUAUUCGAAGUUCCUUGAUAUCUUCAAAAAGCUACAAAUCAAUAUUCCAUUUGCUCAAGCCUUGGAGAACAUGCCGAAUUACGCAAAGUUCAUGAAAGAUCUCUUAUCGAAGAAACGUAAACUGAAAGAAUGUGAAACAGUGACGUUCACGGAAGAGUGUAGUGCUAUAAUUCAGAAAAAGUUGCCUCCAAAACUUGAAGAUCCUGGAAGUUUCAGCAUUCCCAUAGAAAUUGGCAACAUUGAUGUGGGAAAGGCGUUAUGUGACUUGGGAGCUAGUAUUAACCUUAUGCCAUUAUCCAUCUGCAAGGCUCUGGGGAUUCAUGAAUUAAAGCCGACAAAAGUUUCACUACAGUUAGUUGACAGAUCUACCAGAAGGCCAGAUGGAGUCAUUGAAGAUAUUUUGGUAAAAAUUGAUAAAUUCAUAUUCCCUGCAGACUUUGUCAUCUUAGACAUGAAAGAGGAUGCUGAAAUCCCAUUACUUUUGGGAAGACCCUUCUUAGCCACUGCAAGAGCUUUGGUUGAUGUGGAGCAGGGAAAGUUGAUGUUACGGGUUAAUGAUGAAACUGUAACAAUUGAUGUUCUUGAAUCUAUGAAACAUCCUUCCGACGGAGGAGAUUGCUUCAAGGUUGAUGUGAUCAAUGUUGCAGUGAUAGACACAGUUGAUGAAAUACUUCAGCCACUGAUGGAAUUGGAGUCAUUAGAAGGAGAUCUACUGCACAAUACAACUGAA